AUGUUUAGUCACCCGAAGGUGUCAAAGCUACAAAGAUGUGAGCAGCAUGUCUUCCAAAGAAUAUUGCCAUUUAGGACCUGUGGAACAGUUUUGGUUGCUGUUCAUUUGACCUCAUACAUUGCUCACAUACCAUACGAGGAAAACACUUUGAAACUAGAAGUCUCAUUAUGCACUGACGAAGGUCUUUUCCCACGAUCUGAUCAUUGUCGUCUCUUAAUUCUUUGCCUAAAAUCUAAAACACAAGGCUCUCAGUUUAAGGAGUACCUACUUUCUUGCCCAUAUGGUUUGAAUUUCAACCACUUUAUGAUGACAUGUUAUGACUUCAAACAAGAAUGUGCACUGGAGAAAGGACAUGGUGUAAAUCAGAAACUUGCUAAGGCAUGGACUCUUACACUGCCAAAAGAAUCAGAAUCUUGUAGAGGAGCCAAGGCCCCAUUCUGCACAGAUGAGGAUAUGUUGACUAUCUGCCAUCCUUUCUCUAAAAAAGUUCUGGGAUAUGUGAACUGUAAGGAAAAGGAUGCCGCACACAGUUACUGUGAUGAGGAAGAGGGAAUGUGCAAAAGAGGCACCACAAGCACCACUGAGCAAAAUAACGCAAAUGGGGUAAUUGAAGGAACCAUAGGUGCCAACUUUUUACAGGUAGUUGCACUUUGUUCUGCUUCUCUGAAAGGAGCUGAGGCAAAGCGCUGUGUAGAAUUAUUUGGCAAAGAAUAUGAAUGUCUUGCCAGUGAAGACCGCUGUCCUGUGUACAUAGCAGAAUUAAUACACAUUACUGAUGGAACCAUGCUACAAUCAGUAGAAGCAAGUAUUCACAUUUAUGCAAGCAUGGGUAGCAUGAAUGUGCAAACAGUAGUCGGACGGCCUACAAAUGAUAGUACAACACAGAAUCAGUGUGAUGGAGACAUCAUAAAUGGGGCCAUGAAACUGCAAAAAUGUCAGAAACCUGGAGGAAACUGCUUAUCUGAUGGAGACACAUUAAUGGAUUGCUAUGAAUCUCUCCACAUCAAGCGAGCCUAUCGUUGUUCUGAUGUUUAUGGAGAUUUAGCAGAAUGUGUGCCUAAAUUACAAGAGUGUGUUGAACUUGCAGAUUCACGCUUUAUUUUUGAGAGCAAGACUGAGUUACCUAAGAGAAAGAAAGGAAGAGUCUACAAUUAAGUACGGAGGUACGGAUGAAGACCCCUCAGGAAGAUGUUAAACUGCAAAGAUUUUGACACAGUUGUAUUGCAUAAAAAUGCUGCGUUAGGGGUUUCAAAUGCAAACUGAAUUGUUUAAGCAUUAUAGUAAUAAG